AUGUCAACUGAAGAGAAUAUUGCUAAAACUAUUGAUGGUAAGACUAUUGCUGCCAAUAUUCGUACUGGAAUCAAGGAGGAUGUCGAUAAAUUAGUUGCCUCUGGAAAGAGAGCUCCAGGAAUAGUUGUUAUUUUGGUUGGAGAUCGUCAAGAUUCACAUACAUAUGUUAGAAAUAAGAAAAAGACAGCUACUGAAAUGGGAUUCGUUUCUAUCGAUUGCAUCUUACCAGGCAAUACAUCGCAGGAAGAGGUGAUCGAAAUCGUCAGAAAGUACAACCAAAUGCCAGAGAUCGACGGUAUUCUCGUGCAAUUGCCACUGCCAUCACACAUCAAUGAAGAGACUGUCCUCAAUGAGAUCGACAUCACCAAAGACGUCGAUGGAUUCCACCCGAUCAACAUCGGUAAGCUGGCGAUGCGUGGUAGAGUCCCACUGUUUGAGCCAUGCACUCCCAAGGGUUGCAUUGAGUUGCUACUGCAAUCGGGUGUCACCAUCGAAGGAAAGAAUGCCGUUGUGCUCGGACGUUCAAACAUUGUCGGUUUACCAGUAGCCAUGUUGCUGAUGAAUCGCAAUGCCACCGUUACCAUCUGUCACAGUAAGACUGCCAAUCUCAAAGAGGUUGUUGCUCAAGCCGAUAUUCUGGUGGCUGCUAUCGGUGUUGCCAAGUUUGUAAAGAAGGAUUGGGUCAAGAAGGGUGCUGUCGUUAUCGAUGUCGGUAUGAACACCGAUGAAAACAACAAGCUCUGUGGAGAUGUAGAUUUUAAUGAAGUUAAACAUGUUGCAAGUCAAAUUACACCUGUUCCAGGAGGUGUUGGACCAAUGACAAUCGCUAUGCUUUUAAAGAAUACAUUGAUCAGUGCAAUGAGAAGACAAGGUGUUGAAAAACUUUAA